AUGGAAAAAUACCUGAGACCAGGGAAUAUUGAAUUAUAUCCUCAAAAGAUCAAUACAGAAAUUUGGGGGCAUCUGAAAAAGGAAACCCAAUUCAAAGACAUUGACUCUUUCAAAUUGAGUGAAAAAUUGAUAAAAUGUUCAUAUGCUGUUAUGAGCUUAGUAGAACUGUUAUUAAAAUCUAAGAAACAGGACAAAAAGUCAGAUGAUAAAGACAGUAGUCUGUCUUCUGGGAUUAAGACUGGAAUGGAUGCUCUUUCAUUACUUGGCCAUAUAGUGCAGGAUCAUAAUCAGAUUAGACGUGAUAGUUUAAAGGUAGACUUAAAUCUACAAUAUAAAAAAUUGUGCAAUCCUUCUCAUAAUACUGAUACUGGAUCAAGUAAAUGGUUGUUUGGUGAUGAACUUGGUAAACGUGUAAAAGACAUAAAAGAAACAAAUCAAGUUGGUUCAUCAGUGGCCAGUGGAAGCCGUCUAUAUAAAAGCGUUUCAAGAUUUAAUUCUAGAUCCAAGCCUUUUUUAUCACAAGGCAACAGUCACUACAAGCGACCUCCACAAAAUCAAAAUAGGAUUAAAAUUAAAAUUGGAGAAUUGAUAAAACAGUCACGACCUGGGUUUCACCAAAGUGAAUUAUGUUUUAAGGGAUUUGCUCCUGAUAGAAGAUUGUGUCUUCCUACUGUUUACCUGGAGUAUAUUAAACGAACUGCUAAUUUACGAGGCUCUGAAUGCCAUCUUUUUAUUAGUUAUAUUAAACCUUAUAAAACAGCAUCUAUUACUCUAAACCUAUUAUGGAUGAAGGAAAUUUUGCAGAUACAAUUCUGA